UUUUAGAGACGAUAAAAGAGCUCCAGUCCAAAUUAAUAAAAGAGAGGCGAGAGAAGCUGCAGUUAGAGUUGAAGAUUCGUGACGAGGUGUGCAGCGAGAUGAUGAAGCAGUUAGUGGAGAUUGAAGAUGAGUGCAGUGAGCGUAUCAGAAUUAAUGAAGAGGCCACAGAAGAAAUGUAUGAGAAAAGAAUUCAAAUUCUGAUGGAUGCUUAUGAAAAUCAAGGAAAGAAACAGAGUGACUUCAUGACAGACAAGGAUGAUGAAUGGGUCUCCAGCAUUCUCUUCUACCAAGAGCAAAUGAAGAAUAAGGAAAAAGAUGCAGAGAUAGAAAGGCUGAGGAAAGAGUUAAAUGAGGCCAAAUUAAAAAAGGUUCUGAUCAGUGGACAGUCUUCCACCCAGGGGUCAGCUGACAUGGGGGACUCGGUUCUCCUAGAGACCCUGACCAAUCAGCUGGAGGAAGUCAAAACCACCCUCAAAGAAAAGGAUGAUGAAAUAAAGGAGCUGAAUGAGAUGUUAACAGAGGCAGGGGAGACAUUCCAGGCAAAAGAAAAGGAGAUUCAGGAUCUGAAAGUCUUAUUGGAGGAGGACAAGGCUGAUAAAGCAGAACAGGUGGCAGAACUUGAAAAGGCCCUGAUCGAAAGCAAGAAAGCCUUGGAGAUGGCCGAUCAGAAGAUAAAAAGCCGUGAUGAGACGGUGGAGACAACCAGGAAGACUUUACAAGAUGAAGUUGACAACCUGAAAACCUCCCUCGACUCAUGGAAGAUGAAAUAUGAGAAGGAAGAAGAGGAGAGUUUAAAGCGAGAGCAGGCGCUAAUUAAUGGCUACAAAGCAGAGAUAGCCAACUUAAAGCAUCAGUUGUCGUUGGUGAAGGCAGAGCAGCGACACAACAGCCCCUGUAAGUCUCCAGCCAAACACAAGAAGCACCAGGAUCAUUUCAUGGAGGACUUGUCAAAACAACUGAAAGAUCUGCAGGAAGAGUUCGACAAAAACUCUGCAGCAACGCUGGAAUUAGAGGAGGCUCUCCACAGGACAAAACAGACAAACGAAGAGCUGGAAGUGAGACUCUCCAAGCAGUCUGAGGAGAACGAAACGGCUCAAGUCAAGAUUGAGGAACUAGGUAGAAAAUGUGAAGAACUAGAAUCUAGAGUUCAAAAUCUACAAAGUGAAAAGGAAGAGGCUGUUAAACAAGUGGAAGAGAUGAAAGAGAAUAAAGAAAAGCCCACAGCUUUAGAGGAAGAUAUUGAAAACUUGAAAUCAAAAUUAGCUGAAAAAGAUGUGGAGAUUGCAGAAUUGAAGGAGCAGGCAAAUAAGCUGAAUGUUUCAAUGGGAAAUAACUUGCAAUUUCAGCUUGAUGAGGCAAACAUAGAGAUUUCACAACUUCAGAGUAAUCAGGCGAAACUAGAACGCAAAGCAGUGAAUCUAGAAAAACUUUAUAAAGAGAAAACCAAGCAAAAUAUGGAACUGAAUGAUGAAUUAAACAAAGUGAAAGUAGCAAAGGAAAUGCUAGAGGAAGACUUACAGGAUCAGGAGGAAACAGAGGAAAAAAUGGCGGAAAUGUCAAAGGAAAAUGAGGAACUGAAGCGAAAAGUGGAGGAAAUGGAAACAGAGUUAAAACAGCAGGAGGGUAACUCUGAGGAAAGGUUUGUCAUCAUUCAAAAGGAGAAUACUGACUUAAAGGAGAAAGUAGAAAAACUGAAGGAAGAUGUUACGAAAGAGGAACAUGUCAGCACUGCAAUGAAAUCUGAACUUGAAACUGCAACAACUAGACUCAAAAGCCUAGAGAAAACCUGUGAGACACUGGAAAAGAAGGAGAAGAUGAUAAAAGAUUUGGAGGAUAAAGAAGAAAAAAGUGAGAAGAUUAUAAAGGAUUUGGAAGAUAAAGUUGCCAAUUGUCCACAGUGUCAGGAAUGGCAGAAAAAGUAUGAAGAGCUUGAACAAACUUUAGAGAAUGUUAAAGGGGAGGUAAACAAGUUAAGGGAAGAACUAUCUACACUGAGAAGUGACCUGAAAGCUAAAAACAUGGAAGUUACUGACUUAGAAGAAAAGUUUGAAAAUGUCAAGUGUGAGUUGGCCAAGAGAGAACAGACAUUUGUAGAAACCUUAGAAAAACUUGAACAGACAAAAGAUCAGUAUGAUGCAUUUAAACAGGAAAUGGAGAUUCUGAAGGAAAACUUAGAGGAAAAGGAAGGAGAACUGGAGAGAUUACAGACAGCUCAGGCAGACAUGAUGGAACAGCUGAACACUACAAACGGCCAGGUGCACGAACUGAGUGACACUAAAUUAAAAUUCGCAGAAAUGAAGUCCUCUCUUCACAUGCAGAAAACAUUGUAUGAAAAGACCAAAGCUGAACUAGUGGGUCUAAAGGAGGAAAAACAUGAGUGGAUUUCAAACGAGGAAAAGCUGAAGGAACAGAUAAAGAGUUUGGAAGAGAGGACACAUUGUAUGGAAAGAGAUGGGAAAGAGCUUUCAGAUUUAAAGGCUGAAUUGGCGGAGACAAAAAAGAACUGUAGUGAAUCAGAAGAAAAGUGGAAAAUCCUUCAGGCAGAGAAAACAGAUAUUGAAAAUAAAUAUAAAGAAAUGGAAAACAAACUCUCCAAAGUGUCCUUUGAAAAAGAGAACAAGGAUGCAGGAUAUGUGGAGAAAGUAUCAAAACUGGAAACGAAGCUAGAGACCGCUGAAAAGAGGUGUGAAGAACUUAAAAACAUUCAGAGUUCAAUACAGGAUGAGAAAAGUGAUCUGUCAAAAAAAUUGGAAAAUCUCUCACAGGAACUGACAAAAAAGAAUGAUGUAAUAGAAAGUAAAGAGAAAAUUUUAACGGAUUUGCAAGGAAGGCUGAAAGAGGCAGAAAACAGUGUAGAGAGGCAGAAUUCUAUUACAUCAGAACUAAGUGAAAUGAAGGCAAAAUGCCAAGAAUUAGAACAAAUCAAAAUUGACCUUGAAAAUAAAGUUAGCGAGGCUAGUCAAGCUUCAGAUCAGAAAAAUGAUGUCCACAACAGGAAGCUUAUACAGGAGCUAUCAGACUGCCACAGAAAAAUUGAUGAGCUGCAGGGAGUAAAAGAAAGAUUGGAGGAAAAAGUGGAAAACUUAAAAUCAGAGAUAUCGUCAACCAAGGACACUAAGGAGGAUUCCUGUAAUAUUUGUCCAACAAUCCACAAAGAGUUGGACUCGAGUCAUGAAAGGGAACAGACAUUGAAGAAGCAGCUUCAGACUGCCGGGGAAAACAUCGGGGAGCUGAACAACAAAAUCUGUGACCUAGAGGAUCAGGUGUCAAAACUAAACCAGAAAAUCCAGGAAGCAGAGAGCAAAACUGUACACCAGGAGCCCAGAUUGAGCAUGCCUGGCAGUUCGGUUGACCUUGACAGUCUUCGAGACGAGCUGACCCAGAAGUUGGACGUGAUACGAGAAUUACAGGGAGAGUUAGUGAGGAAGGACAGCAAACUACAGACAGAGAAGAUGAAGUACAAACAGUUAGUGGAGGAGCGGACUGACGAACACAGGCGAUAUGAGGCAGCCAUGAAAGAUGCGACAGCUAAUGAGGAAUGUAUCGCUGUGUUGAAGACAGCCCUGGCAGAACAAGAGGAAACCAUGGAACACCAGGACACACUGAUACAGCAACAUGAGAAAAACAUCGAAAAAUCACAAAAAGAAUGUGAGAAAUACAUGAACAUGUACCAGUCUCUUUUGUCUACCACCAGUACAAGCAGUGUGGAGAUCCGGGACCUCAGUAAGAAAGUUUGUGACCUCUCCGUGGAAAUCGAACGUGUGAGAAGUGAGAAAAAAGACCUUGAGAAUAAAAUCUCAUCACUGAAGAAACAAGAGGCCGAACACCAGCAGCUGGCCCAGGAAAACUUAUCACUGAGAGAAACCAAGAGUGCUGUGAAGGAUUUGAGGGACAAGUUGUCUCAAGUUAGGGGAGAGAAGGAAAGUCUUCAGACCACACUGAAGGGUGUGACGACUCAGGUGGAGAGUCUACAGCAGGAGAAGAGAGUGCUGGAGGAAAAGCUUGGGAGAACAGAAGAAAGAGAUUCCUGGAGUGACAAGAAGGUGGAGGAUUUGACGGCUAAGUUAUCUGAUGUUGAGGUUAGGUACAACAAGAGAGAGAGCGAGUUCAAGGCACUGAGGGAACAGAAAGGAAAACUGGAGGCCAUCUUGAAAGAGAACAAUGCAGAGAUAAAGGAUUUAGAAAAAUCACUAUCUGAAACAAGAGCUGAAUGUGAAGCUCUGAAAUCAGAUGCUAAGAAGGAGGCCAGAGAACAGCUAAGUGAUAUACAGAAGGAACACGAGGCAGCCAUGGCUGACAUGAAAGUCAAAAUCAGGGAAAAAGACCACAGUUUACGGACUGGAAAUAAGCAAAUUCGUCAACUUGAAGAUGAAGUCAAAGAGCUUGUAGAGAAAAAUAAGGAUAAAGAUGUUCAAAUGAAGACUUGGAAAGAAGAGAAGGAUAAAUUAGUUUCCUCCCUGUCAGAAAUAAUUGAAAAACAAAAGGAGGAUAAAGAAAAAGUGAAAGAGCUUGAAAAGGAAAAGUCUCAUCUGGAAGCUGUGGUCCGGGACCAGAUAGAAACUAUAAAACAGCUGACUUCAUCUGGAUCAUCCGUAUCAUCUACUAGGAAAUCCAGAUUGAGAAAUACCUCUAUAUCAUCAGAUGUAUCUAAUUUAGAUACAAGCGAAACUCCACUGCGCAGGACUUCCACUCGGAGGGGAAGAAAGAGGCGGUCGUACUCUAUGCCAGAUAUUGAGACCCCUGCCUCUAAGAAGAAGGACAGUGAUGUCUCGCUGUUGUCUGAGGAUGUGGGAGAUGAGAGGGAGAGGAUCCAGAUUGAUGCCACACCCCCUGUUGCCGCCAAAACGCUGCGCAGGACGAGAAAGAAACCACGAUCUUCUACUGACCUCCUCAGGGAGGAGGCAAAAGAGUCAUCAAAGUGCAAAGCUGCUGAUAAAGAAAAUAAAUCCAUGAAGAGAAUUGGAUCCCUUCUGUCAGCCUUGAAAAAGUCACCUGUUUCAAAAUCAGCUAAGAAACACCUGGCGGAAAUCAAAGAAAUGCCCUCGCCAAACCACAAUCUGGUGGAAGUAGAGGAUUGUGGGACACAAAUGUCGGCAGAAAAAGUCAAAGAACCCCCCUCUCGUAAAAAAUCUCGCCAUGCAUUAUACAAAGAACCACUACAGAUAUCAGAGCCCCUAGACUGUGGGCAGUUCAUUCACACUACUCCAGAGGAGAACAUACAUGAAACAGUAAAGAAGAGGCUAAGGGGCCGACCCAGGAAGUGAACAAUGGAUACUAUUUAUAAGCUACUGGGAUGACCCAGGAAGUGAACUAUGGAUGCUAUCUAUAAAUGUGCCAAACAAUUUUACUUUUCAUUUCAAUUCCUCUAAACUGUUACUUUUACAACUUUUAUGCAUGAAAGAUAGUUUGUGUUUUAUUCAAGAAUACAAGAGGUAACUUGUUAGUGGAUAAACAUAUUGAACAAAUGUUAUCCUUCCCUUUUAAUAUCCAGUAAUACAGGGUUUGUCACAUCAGAUGUUUCCUUCAUGUUUUUCUUCAGCUUCUGUAUUUUCCAAAGAAAUGAAUGACUGUCAAGACAUUGAUUCAAAAUUUGAAAAAAAUACACAUUCUAUGAAUGUAUGGAUCUGGUCAUUAGUUUUCACAAUACUUUAAGCUGGUAUGUGCUGAAAUGUAGAACUGCACAUGUAUUAAGAUUAUACUAAAAUAUAUUCUUCUACUUUCUAUUUUAUGUCACUAUUAUGCCAGAUUUGUUAUAUGUUAUUUUUGAGAUGUGUGCUUGAAAGAAGACUUGUUUUUCCUGGGCAUUACUUAAAAAAAAUCAAGCAUUUUGUCAAAAUUUGAAUGAAUUUUUGAUUUGAUAUUUACAAUCCAUUAAAUUCAACUCAUAUAAGACACAGAUAUCAGGAAAUGUUGUGUCAGCCAAGAAGACUUCAUUAUUUAUUUUUUUCAUUUCAUUUGUGAGAAGUUUGUCUUAUAAUAGUGCAAAUGUUUACUGAAUGUCCAUAAACUUUCUACCUAAUGUAUUAUCUAAUGCCUAUCUUGUAUACAGACCGUUGAUGAUAAAAACUGCACUGCUUUACCUUGGAUAUCCAGUUUUUGUACUUGAGUGUAUUUGUAUCUAAUCACAUUAGGUUGUGACUGUCAGGAGCUGCUUUUCAGAACUAUAUGUAUGUCAAUCCCAUUAAAACCCAUAAUCAUGUCUAUUUCCCUGUCUCUCUAUCCUCAUUCUUUUUUCAAAGAAAUACAAAAAUAAAAAGAA